AUCGCGUUACUUGAGAAGUCGCGCGCCGAGACGACUGAACUGCCGCACCAAGAAGUGCGGUAGACAUGGAUGAGGUAUCGAGGUGGACCCGACGGCUUGUGUGCAAAGGACUAGAUAUCGACGAUGAGUCUUACAACCGCGUGUUCGAAGAGAACUCGAAAAGCGCGGUGAAGAAACUCCCGACCCGCGAGCUCUUCAAGCGAUUCUUCUCCGCCGACACAAGCGCAGGCGCAGUUUUGUUCUUCUUCACGUCUAAACUUGACGUUGAGGUAGAAGUGGAAAUCGAAGAAGAGGUGGAUGUUCCAACUGCUCCUGCUACCGCCAACGAUACUUUACCCAAGCCCGAAGCGGAGUUCAAAGAAGGAAACGCGUUACCUGAAGACCCUUCAACGGACAACAAUGGUGGUGUCACCGUUGACGAAGACGAACAAGCUUUGAAUUUGGCCACGGGCGCAUCGUCGGGAGAUAUCGUACCCGAGACAGUUGCGUUAGCGACUCAAAAGGUCAAACAAGUGCGCACUGUCGUUCAGCGUCAAUCGCGGAUCAUUUGCAACGUGAGCUCCAACGUGCUUCCUCCGGACACACAAGUCCACGAUCGCCCGUGCGUGUUCUUCAUCAAAAGCGGGGAUGGAAACGUUGUGAUCAAACCCCAAGACGACGGCAGUGAAGACAUUGCGACCAACAUCGAAGUGGGAUGUUCCACGGGCGACCUCUUGACCAACCUGGAAGGGGUCAUUUGCCACGUAUUCAUUCCUAUUUUGGACCCAAAGUUGGUGGCGGAGGGAGCCCUUGAAAACGAAGCGGCCGAGACCCAUCAUGCCCUCAAGGUGAUUGACGCCGUACGAAAUGAAUUUCGAGGCAAUCUACUCAAGUUUGCGUCGCAAAUUUCAAACGCAAUGCAGCAAAUUCAAGGCGACGUUCACUUGACGAUCCCAAACGUCACGAUUGACGACCCGGAGAAUUGCCUUGACGACUACGAGCUCAUCAACGCGGUUGAGCAAGCUCUGGACGAAUGGUACAAGGUAGUUGCGAUGGUCGUGGACCAAGAGACUCGCAAAGCACCCAAGCGUAAGGGUCCGCUAGCAGAAAUCGAGUUCUGGCGCGAGCGAAACGCGACGUUGAGCACGAUUUUCGAGCAAAUCAACAUGCCGAACGUCCAAAAGAUGCUAGCGCUCCUCGAUUUGAUCGAAGCGUCGAACCUAUCGACCUUUCGAUACCAUUUUUCGGAACUGAGCAAGCUAUACAUCGAAGCAAAAGAUAACGUCAAGUUCCUCACGACUCUCGAACGGCAUUUCAAGAACAUUGCGAGCGGAUCGUUCAGUACGAUCGCCGACACGCUGCCGUCCAUGAUGAAUGCAAUUCGCAUGGUGUGGAUCAUUUCACGUCACUACAACACCGAUGAGCGCAUGGUGCCGCUCAUGGAGCGCAUCGCGUCGGAAAUUGCAGAGAAGGUGGCAUUAGAGAUCAAUAUCCACACGAUUCUGCGCAAAUCUCCCGAGGCCGCGCUCCACGCAAUCGAAGAAGCAAAGAUGGUGCUCGAAUUGUGGCAUGCAACGUACAUGAAAGUCCGUGAACGUAUUGAAGCCAGCGGGACAGACCAUCGGUGGGAGUUUGAUCGAAAGCGACUGUUCGACCAGACCAACUACAUGGCCAAGAUCUGCGAAAACCUCCAAGAAGUUGCGACAGUGUUGGAUCAAUUCCACAAGUUCCUCGGUCCCGAAUUGAAGUCCGUCACGGGGGACUCCCAGGGAAUCGACGACGUCAUGUCGCGGGUGGAAGGUUUGAUUUCGCCAUUCGAGAACGUCCCGUUUCGGAUCUUCGACCGCGGGUACAAGACUAGCUGGGAGAGCGUGAUGGUGCAAUUCCGCGAAAAAGUCAGCGAGAUCGAAUCGAUGACGCGCAAAUUUAUCGACACGUCAUUUCAAAAACUGCGCAGUGCCGAAGGCGCAUUUGACUUGCUCCAGAACUUUCAAAACAUCCAGUCGCGAGAAAGCAUCAACAAGCAAAUGAUGGAGAAGUACAAGGACAUCUUGAUGCAGUACACAAAAGAGCUCGAGAAACUCAGUGAACAAUUUGAACUGUACAAAAACAAUCCGCCCAUUUACAAGAACCAUCCCCCCGUCGGUGGUGCGAUUUCAUGGGCCCGUGCAUUGUACCAUCGCGCUAAGAAACCCAUUAUGCGCUUUCGUGCUAUGAACGACUUGCUCAAGAGUCCCCAUGGCGAAGAGGUCAAGGACAAGUAUCUCGUGUUUGCCAGGGCUGUGGACGCGUACAUCAAGGGGCUCCAUCAAGAGUGGAAAAGCCGAGUCCCGUCUCUCACGAACGAGUACCUCAAACAGCCCAUUCUGGGUCCAGCGCUGCUCGAAACAACCAAAGUCGAGAAUGGUAACCCCGUGCUAAAGCUGCCCCCGCCACCCUACUUCCCGAAUUUCGCUCCGGAACUGUCGAUGAUUAUCCGCGAAGCCAAGUACAUGGAUCGGUUGGGAUUUGAUAUUCCGGAAGAAGCGCUGAAUGUGACGCUCCAGGAAGACAAAUACCACCAGAUCGUGCACGACCUCAAGAUGAUGCUAAAGCAGUACGAUACACUGUUGGGGAGCCUAUCACCCGUCGAAGCACACUUGCUUCGCAGCCAGCUCAAGGAUCUCGAUGACGUGCUGCGUGUUGGGUUUUACCCACUCAACUGGAACUCGCAGCGCAUCGUGUCGUUUGUAGAGUCGUGCUUGAAGGCCCUCAACCAGUUUGGCAACAUCGUGAGUCAAGUUCACAAGAGCUCGAAGAUGAUCGACGAAGUGGUCGUGGCGAUUGAAAACACGAUGCUGAUCAAAAUUAGCGACUACGAAGACGGCGUCAUCACGGAGGUCGGUGAAUUCUACGAGCUCAUGGAGCGCAAUCGAACGACCCGCAUCGACGAGCUCGUACAAAAUUACCGGAGCAUUGGCCCGCUCUUGAUCAAAGUCGAAGAAGUCGUCGCGGGUGUCAACACCGGGAACAGUGCCAAGCUCGCCACGUACUACAUGUACUGGGAACGGCGCAUUUUCAACGCAAUCACGAAAAUGAUUGUCGGUUCCAUGACGACUUUUCAAGCGCUGCUCAACGUCCACCAAAAAGACCUGACCAAGGCGGACCAGAAGCUCAAGCGCCCCCCACUGUGCAAAAUCAAAGCCACGAUGAACGGCAAGGAUAUAGUCGUGACGCCGUCGUUGUCCGAUAUGUACAAGUACUUGAGCAAGUGCGUCAAGCACAUUGUAGAAAGCGCCAAAUCGUUUGUCCGGUGGAUGCACGGCACGUGCCGAGAAACCGAGCCGCAGGUGAUGAACGAAGACGAAGAGCCCGUCCUGUUUACAUUCUAUUCGGACAUUUCGCAAAACCCGUACGUGAUCAAAAUGACGCUGAGUCUCAACCAGGAAAUCCACAAAGUAUUCAACAUCAUCAACAAGUACCUGGACUCGUGGCGUCGGUAUGACACUGUGUACAGCUUGUGGAAUGCCAAGCGCCGGUCUGCGUUGGACAAACUGGGUGAAAAAAAGCCUAGUUGCGUCUACUUCGACACGAGAAUGGCGUCGUAUGCCCGCCUGGCCGAGAGCGUUCGCAACCAGCCAACUGAAAAAGAGACAGACUUUCUCCAGAUCAACUGUCUCGCUGUAGCCGUCACGAUCGCGAAGCAAUCGGAAAAGUGGAAGGACGACUACGGCAAGAUUUUGCACGAGCUCAGCUCGAAGAAACUGGCGGCGAUUUCGUCGAAAAUGGACGCGUUCGAGCUCGACUUGCAGAGCGACCCACGCGACCUUGCGUCGCUCAAAGCGUUGCUCAACACGAUCGCAGUGAUUUCCGCUGCUGGGAUGGAGAUGGAACUCGAGUACACCGACAUCGUCGAGCGCUACCGAACACUUCAAACGUAUGGGAUUGAAUUAUCUGAUGCCACUGAAACCAACCGAGCCUUUGGACUGGAAGCGAGGUGGCACGAACUCGUGUUGGCCAGCAAGACAAAGGACCUGCGACUUAUCCGCGUCAAGGAUCAAUUUCGCGUCGUGACCAAGCAAGACACACUCACGUUUGCGACCGAAUGCAAGGACAUGCGAUCCGAGUUCUUUUCGAGUGGACCUGGGGCCACUACGUCCGACUUGGACAGAGGCUUGGAGUUAGUUCAGGAUUUCAAGAAGCGAUUGGGUGUGUUCAAAUCGAGAAGGCAAGAGCUUGUAAACGCAGAGAACUUGUUUGCGCUGCCUUUGACGUCGUAUCCCGAAUUGCAAGAGAUCACGGAAGCCCUCGAGAAACAAGAGAGUGUCUAUGCCUUGUACACUGAGCAAAAGGAGUUUAUCUCGGCAAUGGCGUCCGUGUUGUGGGUUGAACUGGACGUUGCGUUUAUGACAAAAGGGAUCGACGAGCUCGAAAAGAAAUGCCGCAAGUUUCCCAAGGAUCUCCGUGCCAUGUCGACGUUCCAAGAAGUCGAAAAGCAAAUCUUUGCGUUUAAAGAAAGCAUCCCGCUGAUUGCGUCCCUCAAAAACGACGCGAUGAAGCCGCGACACUGGGAAGAAUUAAUGGCUGUGACCAAAGUCAAGUUUGAAAUGAACUUGAAAACGUUCACGCUGACCAACUUGUUUGCGAUGCAGCUCCAUCGAUUCAGCGCUGAAAUCGCUGAAAUCGUCAAUGCAGCCAUGCAAGAGACCAAAAUUGAACAAGAAUUGACGAAAAUUGAAGACGUAUGGGCCAAAGCAACCUUUGAGGUUGCCAAGUACAAAAAGAACGGGACUGACCGCGGGUGGGUCUUACGCACCGCUGACGAGCUCAAGUUGACACUGGAGGACCACAUGCUGAACCUCCAAACCAUGAGUGGGUCGCGCUUCAUCACGAGUUUUGCCGACCGCGUGCGAAAAUGGGAGAAGAAACUGAAUAUUGUCAACGAGUGCAUUGACAUUUGGUUCGUUGUCCAGCGCAAGUGGAUGUAUUUGGAAAGUAUUUUCAUCGGCGCCGAAGAUAUUCGUCUCCAAUUGCCCGAAGAAGCCAAGAAGUUCGAUGCGAUCGAUAAAGCUUGGAAAGGAAUCAUGGCUACGACGUACAAGAAUUCAAUUGCUGUCGACGCGUGUACGACCGAUAACCGCACGGAAACUCUUCAAAGCCUUAGCGAACGCCUGGACAAGUGCCAGAAGAGUCUGAGCGACUACCUCGACACGAAGCGGAAUUCUUUUCCACGCUUCUUUUUCAUCUCGGAUGACGAACUGCUCAGUGUCCUCGGUAGCUCCGACCCGACGUCGAUCCAAGUCCACAUGCUCAAGCUGUUCGACAACGUGAAGCUUCUCACGUUUGCCCGCAACAAUCGCCAAGUGUCCGCUAUGGAAAGUUCAGAAGGCGAGGGUUUUACUUUCCGAACGCCUUCGGUCGUCGAGGGGCCAGUUGAAGCAUGGAUGACCGGUGUCGAAGAUGAAAUGAAAGUGACGCUGCAAGUCAUUGCAAAGGAAGGCGUGUUUCACUAUGCACGGACGCCAAGAACCCAGUGGCUCGGCGAUGUUCUGGGUAUGGUCGGCCUUGUGGGCAGUCAAAUUUGGUGGACAUGGGAAGUCGAAGAUGUGUUCCAUCGGGUGGCAGGGGGCAACAAAUACGCCAUGAAGGAGCUCGAGGUCAAACUAACCAAUCAACUCAAUGACCUUGUCAGGCAGGUGCGCGAGCCGCUUAUAAGGACGACGCGCAAGAAGGUCAACACGCUGCUGAUCAUUGACGUACAUGCCCGCGACAUUGUCGACUCGUUCGUCCGCGAUUCCAUCCUCCACGAGAAAGAGUUUGCGUGGGAGUCGCAACUGCGCUUCUAUUGGGACAAAGACGUUGACGACGUCGUGAUUCGGCAAUGCACUGGAGCGUUUCGAUACGGCUACGAGUACAUGGGGUUGAACGGCCGACUUGUCAUCACGCCGCUGACAGAUCGAUGCUACAUGACAUUGUCCCAAGCGUUGACGUUCAAGCUUGGCGGAUCGCCGGCCGGACCAGCCGGAACAGGCAAGACGGAAACUGUAAAGGACCUGGCCAAGUCGCUGGCGCUGCCUUGUUACGUGAUCAAUUGUGGUGAAGGCUUGGAUUACAAAGCUAUGGGGAGCAUCUUUUCGGGGCUAGUGCAAGUCGGUGCGUGGGGCUGUUUUGAUGAAUUCAACCGCAUCAACAUUGAAGUGCUGUCCGUGGUGUCAGCUCAGCUGCGGGCGAUCCAAAAUGCACUCAAUUACGACAAACCAACAGUUGAUAUCGGGUUCGGCACGGAAAUUUCGAUCCAUCGGACGGCCGGGUUUGCCACGUGCGGGUUUUUCAUCACGAUGAACCCAGGGUACGCUGGCCGUACCGAGUUACCCGACAACCUGAAGGCUCUCUUCCGGCCCGUCACGAUGAUUGUGCCGGAUUUGCUCAUGAUUUGUCAAAUCAUGUUGUUCAGUGAAGGGUUUGAAAACGCUGUCGCGUUGGCAAAGAAGAUGACGGUGCUGUACAAACUGUCUCGAGAGCAGCUGAGUAAGCAGUAUCAUUACGAUUUCGGCCUGCGCGCGCUCAAGAGUGUGCUUGUCAUGGCGGGGUCGUUGAAGCGUGAAUAUAGCACCAUGAGUGAAGACUUGGUCCUCAUGCGUGCAUUGCGUGAUAGCAACAUGCCCAAGUUUGUAUUUGAAGACGUCCCGCUCUUCCACGGGUUGAUCAACGACUUGUUCCCGGGCCUGGAUUGUCCGCGGGUGGGGUAUGCCGCGUUAAAAGACGCUAUCGAGUCGGACCUGGAGGCAGGCGAGUACAAGACACAAGAUGCGACUGUGUUUCAAGACCAAACCGACAAGAUCAUUCAAAUGUAUGAAACGAUGCUGGUCCGACACACGUCGAUGAUUGUUGGGCCGACGGGGGGCGGCAAGUCUCUCGUGCUGCACACUCUGGCCAACGCGUCCAAAGUUGCCCUCGACGAAAGUGUCAAGAUGUUUGUGUUGAACCCGAAAGCUCAAUCGGUGGCAGAAUUGUAUGGGACGAUGGAUCCUGUGACGCGCGACUGGACCGACGGCGUGUUGUCCAAGCUGUUUCGAGAAUUGAACCAGCCUCUGCCCCAAGGAAAAGAGAACGAGAAGCGCUGGCUCAUCUACGAUGGCGACGUCGACGCCGUGUGGGUCGAAAACAUGAACUCAGUCAUGGACGACAACAAGCUCCUGACCCUGCCAAACGGCGAACGCAUUCGCCUGCAGUCGCACUGCUGCAUGAUCUGUGAAACGUUUGAUUUGCAGUAUGCGUCGCCAGCCACGAUCAGUCGUUGUGGGAUGGUGUGGGUGGACCCGAAGAACUUGGGGUAUCGACCGUACUACGAAAGAUGGCUCAAGAAGCGCAACAAUAAGGGUGACGAGAAGCAGAUCCUCAUGGACUUGUUUGACCAUUACGUCCCCAAGUGUGUCGAUUACAUCUUGGAAGGCAUGGUCGGGAAGGAAGUGGUCGGGAAGCUCACCCAAGUGAUUCCGAUCUCCAACAUGGAAAUGUGCAAGCAACUGUGUAACGCGAUCGACAGCUACUUUCCAUCCGAUGCGACGCUGGAGCGUAUGGAUUUAGAAGGUCUUUUUGUCUUUUGCAUGGUGUGGUCACUUGGGGCAGCACUCGUCGACUCCAGUCGGAAGCGAUUCGACGAAUUCAUAAAGACCAUUGCUCAGUCGAACUUGCCCACGCAAAACCUAUAUGAGUCCUUUUACAACCACGAAACACACAAAUGGCAGCAAUGGGAUUCCAAAGUCCCAGCCUACGUUGAGCCCGCACCAUUCAACUUCAGCAACAUCUUGGUUCCUACCACGGAUUCCGUGCUGUACUCGUACAUUUUGAAUGCGUGCAUGAAAUCGGAUCGCCCGAUCUUGUUUGUCGGCGAGUCGGGCACAGCCAAGACGGUCACAAUCCAAAACUACUUGAAGGAGCUCGACCCUCAAACGAUGAAUUCGCUAGCCAUCAACUUUUCCAGCCGCACAAGCUCCACGGACGUGCUGACCAACAUCCAGGCCAACGUUGACAAGCGCACCGGGAAAAUCUACGGCCCACCGGCGGGCAAGAAGCUCGCGAUUUUUAUCGAUGACAUGAACAUGCCCAAGGUGGACUUGUACGGAACGCAGCAGCCGAUUGCGCUCUUGCAUUUCGUCGUGAGCAAAGGGUGCAUGUAUGAUCGCGGGAAGGAACUCGACUUGCGCAUUCUCAAGGACUUGCAGUACAUCGGUGCGAUGGGUCCCCCUGGUGGUGGUCGCAAUCAAGUAGACCCGCGCUUUGUUGCACUCUUCAACGUGUACAACUUGACGCCGCCGACAAAAGAUGUCCUUCGUAACAUCUACGGCUCCAUCUUGACGACGUACUUGCGCAACUUUGCCCCGUCCGUGAAAGAGGCUGGCACGAAGCUGACAGAUAUGCUCCUGCGCCUCUUUGACGUGAUUGUCGACAAGUUACCACCAACCCCAUCCAAGUUUCACUACAUUUUCAACUUGCGCGACCUCGGUCGAGUGUGUGAAGGUGUGUGCAUGGCCACGACGGACAAGUACGACACAUCUGCUAAGCUUGUGCGGCUUUGGCGGAACGAGGUCCUGCGCAUCUUUAGCGAUCGAUUGACCGGGGCAGCUGACAUUGCGACCGUUGACAACGCUCUGAGCACCCUCGUGAAAGAAAACUUCGCGGCAGAUGCAGACUCUGUCCUUGUAAAUCCGUCGAUAUACGGCGAUUACGCCGAUUGCCGGAAUCGCUUGACAGGCGCGGGCGAAGACUUGCGUCUGUACCAAGACAUGGACUCGUACAAGCGCAUUCGGUCGAUUUUUGACGAAGUCCUGGAAACGUACAACCUCGACAACAAGCCGAUGACGUUGGUGUUGUUUGAAAUGGCGCUGGAACACCUUAGCCGAAUUCUACGCAUCAUUCGAAACCCGCUGGGCCACGCGUUGUUAAUUGGCGUUGGUGGUAGUGGUAAGCAAAGCCUCUCUCGUUUGGCGACGUUCACAGCAGGGUACGAGCUGUUUGAGAUCUUUCUGACUCGUGGGUACGGCGAGAACGAGUUUCGCGAGAAUUUGAAGGACCUGUACCGCAAACUCGGCAAAAAACCUGUCGUGUUUCUCUUUACGGACGCGCAUGCUGUCGAGGAAGGGUUCCUCGAAUUCAUCAACAACAUGCUCACGACUGGUAUCGUUCCAGCGUUGUUUGAACAGGACGAAAAGGACCAGUUGGGCGCGUCGAUUCGCCAGGAAGUCAAAGCUGCCGGGCUCAUUGAAACAAACGAAAACUGCUGGAAAUUUUACGUCCAACGGUGUCGCCAAAAUUUGCACGUGAUCUUGGCCAUGUCCCCCUCUGGCAACACGCUGCGAGUCCGAUGCCGCAAUUUUCCAGGACUGGUGUCGGCGUCCGUCAUUGACUGGUUCUUCUCGUGGCCGGAAGAUGCCCUUCGAAACGUGGCCAGUUACUUCCUCAUCGACGAGAAAAUCCCUGACGAGUGCCGACCCGAGGUCGUGAAUCACUUGGUUCACGCGCACUUGCGCGUCGUGACCGUUGCCCAUCGAUUCGAACUGGAACUGCGUCGACACUACUACGUGACUCCCAAGAACUACCUCGACUUUAUCUCCAACUACCGCCAACAACUCAAAGAAAACAACCAAAAAGUGAACGCAAGCAUUGCCCGUCUCAAGGGAGGGUUGACCAAGCUGGUGGAAGCGAGUUUGGCCGUUGAUCGCAUGCAGAUCGAAUUGAGCGAAAAGAAAAUUAUUGUCGAUGAAAAGACUGUGUCGUGCGAGGCGCUGAUCAAGAACAUUGAAGAAAAAUCUGCGAUUGCAACAAAGCAGCAGGAAGUCGCUGCACAAACGCAAAUCGAAUGCGAGAAGGCGACGGUGAUCAUCAACAAGGAAAAGGAAGAGGCCGAUGCAGCGCUACUCGAAGCUCUCCCGGCCGUCGAAGCUGCUGCACAAGCAUUGCAAGACUUAUCCAAGUCCGACUUGACCGAAAUCAAAUCGUUCGCUUCGCCACCAGCACUCGUCAUGUCCGUAUGCAUGUGCGUGUUGAUUCUGCGGCCGACGGGACAAGACUUGGACAUGGAUUGGAAAGGGGCCAAGGUCAUGCUGUCCAACCCCAACUUGCUCACGUUGAUGAAAGAGUACGAAAAGGACAAAAUCACGCCCAAGAUGGUGUCCAAGAUCAAAACGUUUUUCAAGAACCCAGACUUGAACAUCGACAACAUGAAGUCCAUCUCGAAAGCCGGCACGGGGCUCUUGGUGUGGGUCGUUGCCAUUGUCAAGUACUACGAUGUUGCGCGCAAUGUCGAGCCGCUCAAGCUCAAGGUGAAAACGAUGGAGAAGGAGCAGGCGGUGAAGGAACAGGAGCUGAUGGAACUCAAGGAAACACUCGAACGCCUUACCAAGGACUUGGGCGAGCUCAGCACGGCCUUUGAAGCCGCAAACACGGAACUGCAAGCGCUCAAAGCCCAAGCCGACCAAAUGCAGAAACGAUUGAGCGCCGCAAGUAAACUCUUGGCUGGCCUCGCCAGCGAAAAGACUCGCUGGACAAAGGACAUUGAGAGUCUCAACGAACAAUGCGGACGGUUGAUCGGCGACUGUCUCCUCACGGCGUCGUUCCUGAGUUACACGGGCGCGUUCAGCUUUGACUACCGCUACGAAUUGAUCUACAAAGACUUUUUCACGGACAUCACGACGCGAAAAUUGCCAUUAACGGACCCGUUUAAGCUCGAGAGCUCCCUCACAAACGACGCCACGAUUCAAAAGUGGGUCGCUGAAGGGCUACCGGCCGAUGAACAUUCGGUCCAGAACGGCAUUUUGACAACCAAGUCGUCACGAUUCCCGCUGUGCAUCGAUCCCCAGCAGCAGGCAGUGAGUUGGAUCAAGCGACGGGAAGAAAAGAACAACUUGACAGUGAAAACACUCAACGAUGGCGACUUUAUGAAGCACUUGGAGCUCGCGAUUCAGUUCGGAAACCCCUUUUUAUUUGAAAGCGUCGACGAAGAACUGGACCCAAUCUUGGACCCGGUUUUGGAAAAGAGCACGUUCAUGGAAGGCACGCAGCGGUUGAUCAAACUCGGCGACAAGAACGUCGAGUGGGACGCCAACUUUCGGCUCUACUUCACGUCGAAGCUGGCAAACCCGCACUACUCCCCUGAAGUGAUGGGGAAGACCAUGAUCAUCAACUACAGCGUCACGCAAGGGGGGCUGGCAAACCAGUUGCUCAACGUCGUCGUGGCGCACGAACGCCCAGAUCUGGAAGAGCAGUACCGUGACUUGGUACGGGACAUGAGCGAAAACACCCAAAUGAUUGUCGAGUUGGAGGACAUGCUGUUGCAUGAACUCUCGACCUCGUCCGGCAACAUUCUCGACAACGAAGAGUUGAUUGCGACUCUGGACGAAACCAAGAACAAGGCGACUGAAAUCGGGUCCAAGCUCGAACAAUCCAAAUUUACAAAGGAUGAAAUCACGAAAGCCCGGGCUGUGUACACCCCCGUCGCGCUCCGUGGGUCGAUCAUGUACUUUGCCAUGUCGUCGCUGAGCACGAUCAUGAAGAUGUACGAGAUUUCCCUCACGAGUUUCUUGACUGUGUUCAACUCAGCCUUGGAUAAUGCCAAGCGCGACGUUGUGCUGGAGAAGCGCCUUCGCUUCAUGAUUCAAAGCAUCACAGAAAUGAUGUACGACUAUACGUGCACGGGUAUAUUCGAGCGCCACAAACUCAUGCUGUCAUUCCAAAUGACGUGCAUGAUCAUGGCGAGUGCGGGAGACCUGAACCGCACAGAGCUUGACUUCUUCCUCAAGGGCGAUACUUCUCUGGAAGGCGCUUCCAUGGCCAAGCCCGACGACUGUAAUUGGAUUUCAGCAGCCGGGUGGAAAGACUUGAUCUGCUUGAGCAAGAUGCCAGGCCCACUGGAGAACUUUGUCAAGGAAGUCACAGCCAAACAACACGACUGGCAGCAGUGGUACGCGUUAGAAGCCCCGGAAACGAGUCCCUUCCCGUCCGAGUACAAUACAAAGCUGACGCCGCUGCAACAACUUCUCCUCUAUCGCUGUUUUCGACAAGAUCGGGUGUACAACGCGAUGAAAUUGUUUGUGAUUAGUGUCAUGGGCGAAAAGUACGUCCAACCGCCGGUCCUGGACUACUCGCGCAUUUACGCUCAGAGCGCGCCAACGUCCCCCAUCGUGUGCAUCUUGAGUCCGGGGGCUGAUCCGCAAAGCGACAUUCAAACUCUUGGUGAAGCCACGGGGUUUUCCGGCCAUCGCUUCAAAUUCUUGGCUCUGGGACAAGGCCAAGGCCCCCUGGCUGAGCAAAUGCUGGAGGCUGGCUAUACCCGUGGCCACUGGGUGCUGCUCCAGAACUGCCACUUGCUCGCGAGUUGGUUGCGUACGCUAGAGAAAACUCUGUUGGCGAUGCACAAGCCUCACAAGGACUUUCGGCUGUGGCUGACGACCGAGCCCACCGAUCGCUUCCCACUCGGUAUUUUACAACGUUCGCUCAAAGUUGUGACGGAGCCACCCGAUGGUCUCAAGCAAAACAUGCGGAGUUUGUACAGCAAAUUGGAUCAAUCGAUGCUGGACGAGUGUCCGCAUCCGUCGUUCAAGCAAGUCGUGUUUGUCCUCUGCUUUUUACACGCCGUCGUGCUGGAACGCCGCAAGUACGGCAAGAUUGGGUGGAACGUUAGCUACGACUUCAAUGAGUCCGACUUUAACAUUAGCCGCAAGCUGCUGUCGCUCUACUUGCACAAGGCGUUCGUGGACGGCGACGAAGUUUUGCCGUGGGGAUCCCUCAAGUACUUGAUCGGCGAUGCCAUGUACGGUGGUCGAGUGUCGGACGACUACGAUCGCCGCGUGCUUACAACGUACUUGUCCGAAUACAUGGGGGAUUUCCUCUUCGAUACGUGCCAACCGUUCUUCUUCAGCCGCUCCGGCUACGACUACCGCCUUCCAUCGGACGGCCCCCUGGAAACGUAUACUCAAAUGGUGGAGACCCUGCCAUUGACCAACUCGCCUGCCGUGUUUGGUCUGCACCCGAACGCAGAAAUCGGGUACUACACCAACAUGACCAAGAGCGUGUGGCGAGACUUGAUUUCACUGCAGCCGCGCAGUGCCGGUAGUGGCGGCGGUAUUUCUCGUGAAGAUUACAUCACGAAUAUCGCGACGGACAUCGAAACAAAGGUGCCCGACCCGAUCGACGUCCCGCUCAUUCGCAAGCGAUUUGGGGUACCAACGCCAACUCAGGUCGUGCUCCUUCAAGAGCUCGAUCGGUGGAACGUACUCACCGCGAGAAUGGCAAUGUCUCUUGGAGACCUCCAAAAGGCACUGAUCGGUGAAAUCGGCAUGAGCGACGAACUCGAUGCUGUCGGGUCCGCCCUCUUUGACGGGUUCCUCCCUAACAUGUGGCGCGGUUUGUGUCCCAAGACCGAAAAACCCCUCGGGAGCUGGAUGGUGCAUUUUAUAUCGCGCUACAACCAGUACAUGGAGUGGAUCGACAAGGGGGAUCCAACUGUGAUGUGGUUGUCUGGUUUGGGCAUUCCCGAGUCAUAUUUGACGGCGCUUGUCCAAACAACGUGUCGACUCAAGAAUUGGCCGCUCGACAAAUCGACGCUGUACACGACGGUGACGCAGUACCGACAGCCGAGCGAGGUCAAAACCAAACUCGAAAGCGGGUGUUACGUCAAUGGGCUGCACCUUGAAGGUGCGUCGUGGGACAUUGAAAAGAGCUGUUUGUGCCAGCAACAGCCCAAGCAACUCGUCGAAGAGCUUCCGAUUCUCCAAGUCAUUCCAAUUGAAGCGAAUCGGCUCAAGCUCCAAAACACAUUCCGGACCCCCGUAUACGUCACACAGUCACGACGAAAUGCCAUGGGAGUCGGUCUUGUCUUUGAAGCAGACUUGUUCUCGACGGAACACAUGAGCCAUUGGGUGCUGCAAGGCGUCGCUCUUUGCCUCAACACCGAUUCCUAG